CGAAUGGCGCACUCAUUAAUGGGGUCGUUACUCUCAAUCAGGUGAUUCCCCAUACACCCAAGAGGUUGAAUCACUUCAAGUACUCUUCGCUUCUCUGCAUCUGUAGCGUACGUACAGAGGCAGUUGGUGGUGACAACAUGGAUAAAUAUAAUAAAAAAGCUCGUUCUUAUGAUACAUUGUUCCCAACAACGGCCAGUAAUGAUGACAAAAACAGAAGCUACAAAUUUAAACAGAAAGUACCAACUAUCGGAAGAGACCGUGAUAAUUCUCAGUUGAAAUGUGGUACGCCAGAACUACGAACAAAACCUGGUCCCACGUAUGAUCAACUGCCAGUAACAUCAAGGUCUUCUGAUCGUUUGACGUCCAAAAGCUCGUCACACGAAUGUCUUAAGGACAAAAGUUCGCCUAACUCCUUAAACGACUGUAAGGGUAGUGGUUUUGAAGCUGCAGCUUUCAAAUCAUUUUCAAGUCAGGUACCACCGGAAAGUUCAGAUGAUGAUAGUUAUCAAGAUGAACAAUCAGGAGAUGAAAACCUUCCUGGUGCUCGAAGACAUCGUAACCGGUUCGCAGUUGCAGACUGUUCAGGUGACUGCUCAGAACGAAGCGUAAGUCGUAUGCACUCAGUCAGUGAUCUCAACAGCUAUUUCAGUGAUACCAAUCAAAGGGAUGAUAACAGUAAGGAUCCUGAAGCGGCGGUUGAUGUUAUGAUAGAUGGUGUGAGCCAACUUCAAGUAAAUGGACGAGAAAACAGCCCAUCGCCAACAAGUAAUAAUGCUGUGAGUGUAGAUUCAUCAGGUGUUGAAGCUGAUAAAGAUAAGGCUAGUCGUACAUUCCUACCACAUGCUAGACGGUAUUAUAUGCAUGACCACCGUAAUUUGAAUGGGGAUGUUGAGGUGGUUAGGAAGCGUCAAAGUAACCAACGUUGGAAACACGACAAGUUUAACUACCGUGACCAGUGUCCAUUAUCUACAAAGGAAAUUGUAUGGAAAUAUGGGUACGAUAUUCGAAAAGAAAAACACCCUUCAAAUCCAAAUAAAAUUGAAUCUGGUGGCAGCGAGCCCUCUAAAUCUACAAGCAACAUCCCAGUUAACUCUGAUAAAAAUUGCAAUGCUGAGCGUCUGUCGAGCAGUCGGACUGACGACAAACAAAAUGGAAAUAAGCCUGAUACAGGUCCUCAUUGCGAUAAGGUAACAAUCACUCGCGAUAAACGUGUCAAGUUUUCCAUCCUUAGGGAAAGCAGAAACCGUCGAUUUACAAUAAUUUCUCAUUAUCGAGGGAACGCUGUGUACCAACAGAAAGAUAUGAGUAUGGGGCUUCCUCAAAAUCUGUUAUCUAGGAACAAACCGGUCCUUUCAACAAAUCAUGCAGCGUCCAAAUCUAUUGUAGUGUCUGAUCCUCCUAUUCAAGAUAAAAAUACAAAACAAAUGCACUCGCAACCCCCAAAAAGUUCAGAAAAUCAAACAUUACGAAGCAACUCUCUCCAGAAUUCAAGUAUCCCAUGCUCUGGUCGUUCGUGUCACUCGACUGUUCCUAGAAGGAAUUUAGAGAAUUUGUCAAGAUCGCAAGUUGCAGACUUCGAACGAACCCGUGAAAAGAAGCUUGCUACUGUGAACUCACUACAUACAAGUAGCAGUAGUUUGAAACCUCGAACAAGGUAUAACGCUGACCACAUAGAUCAGCAGGAGAAAACUUCUGAAAGAAUCCCAAAACGCUACUCAUCAGUACGUCAGGAUGUUACCAGCGUUAACUCGUCAGUGGACAAAAAUAACCGUCCAUCUAAUCCUGAAAACGACGCCUCUGCUAAGAAAACAGACUGUAUCAGUAAGGGAACUCACAUAGAGACAGUUACAGAAAACGCUAGUGCCAAAUCCUCCCAUAUGCCUAGAGAAACGACAGAGAAUACGAACCAAACCCCAACUGAUAUGGUUAGCAAUACCAGUGUUGCUCAAGGGGAAGUACAAUGUGAAGCAGUAAGUUUCCCACUACAAUCAGUUCCAGUGACUCACUAUCAGCAGACCUUACAAUAUCGUCAACCUAUACCGGUUCAGUAUCCAACCAUAAACCCUCAACUGCGAACAGUUUAUUUGUCAGACGUUCUCCAGCAUGAUGCACAAUUUCAGCCUCCGAACCCUAUGAUAUCCAAUUAUAUGCUUCCAAAUACUCAGCCUCAAGUCCACAACGUAUACGCUAGCCAAAUGCAAAAUAUCAACUUCCCAGUACCAGUAGCGACAACUAUUUGUUUUGAUGGCGUGCCUUGCGGUAUCUCAAAUAAUCCUAAUCAUACCUACGUGAUACCUAUGGCCACAAAUGUUGCGGAGCCGCCGUGGAAUAGAGACUUGUUUUUGGCCGAAAAUUCUCAAAGAAUACAUUGGCAGUGACAAUUUUAAUUGGUGGAACGAAAGUUCAACAGAUUACAUUUACAAAAGCAGUGACUAAACAAUGCAGUCGUGUAUGUAGAUUCCAUAAAUAUACUGUAGAAUAAUUAAAAGUAAGACAUGUACAGCUGUUUUGCUACCAUCUUGUUACAAAAAACUGGCAUAUAGUAGCCCUCUUGACUUACAGUGAAUUUAACUCGCAGAUACAACUUUCAAAGUUAUUAACACAUGGAUAAAAUGCUUUAUGUUUCUUAACAAAAUCGAAAAAUUACCUUUAUUAUGUUGGAUCUGCUUUAUAAAUACAAUUAUUGGAAUUAAAAA